UCGCUUCCGGAGUGCGACCUUGGCGGGCGGGCGAGUGAGGGAGCGAGUGCGGAGCCGUGCGGGGCUCUCCCGGCGGUGGCGGUGGCGGCACCGCCUUCCCCCGCAGCCGCGGCACCGCGGGCAGGGCGGCGGCGAAGGCCGGGAGCGCUCGGACAGCAGCCUUCUUGUGUUCAGGGCGGCAGCCGGGAUGGCAGCGCCGACGAUGGAGGAGAGGAAGGCGUGCUGGGGGGCCCGGGACGAGUUCUGGCAGUGCCUGGACAGCCACGGGGAUGACGCCACCAAGUGCGAGAAGCUGCGCCGGGCCUUCGAGUCGCGCUGCCCGCAGCAGUGGGUUAAACACUUUGACAAAAGAAGAGACUUUUUAAAAUAUAAAAAGAAGCUUGAAACAGAAGGGUAUCAUCCUCCAGAAGCUGCUGGGAAGUCUUAGGAACUCUGCUCUCAAAUCAAAUGAGAAUAACUAUAAAAGGAAGAAGCCAGAGAAAGCAACAGAAGCUGCUUGAGUGCAAGAACUGGUAAUGUAGCAGUCUCCCUGAAAUGCAGACUGCUCUUCUUGUUGCCAGGUCUCGCAUGUCUGCUAAAAAAGGGGGUCAUAGACAGACAGCUUUUUCAUGAGUUUAAAUCAAAGAAAUAUGGUGCAGGGCUGUUCACAAAUUUAAGGGUUUGAAUGUAUAAUUAGUAAAAUUGUUUCAUAGGAAUAAAUUAUUAUUUAAUAUUGCUAUGUACAUAUUCUAAAGAGAAAAUUAUUUUUUUUUUCAGUAAGUGAACCACCUUUUUCCUAAAUUAAAAAAGUCCAUUCCAACUUGCCUUUUUUGUCAAAAGCAGUGGGUUGUAUAAUAAAAUUUGUAUUUGUCAUUUA